AUGGCAAAGGACAAGAAGAAGGGAGCCGCGGCAGAAGCCAAAAAGGCCAAAAAGGCUGAAAAGAAGCAGAAGCAAGAAAAAAAGGGCGAGAAGAAGUCCAAGGCCAAGGCUGCCAAGGAUGAAGGCAGCGAUGUCGAAGAUGUUGAUUUGGAUAACAUUCUCGAAGAGUACAAGAAACAACAAGAACAGUUUCUCAAGGUCACGGAAGUCGUGGCCGAGGUGCCACCCAAGCCUCGAUCCUCUUCCACCUUUAUGGCUUCUCCUUCAAAUGCCAAUCAGCUGCUCCUGUUUGGCGGUGAGAACUACAACGGCGCCAUUGCUACUUUCUAUAAUGAUCUGAGCAUCUACUACACUGAUCGGGACGAGUGGCACACCGUCACCUCCCCUAAUGCCCCUCUGCCUCGAUCCGGCCAUGCUUGGUGCAGAGGAGGCAACCAGAGCAACUCGGUCUUCCUUUUUGGUGGUGAGUUCAGUAGUCCCAAGCAGGGGACUUUCUACCAUUACAAUGACUUUUGGCGGCUCGAACCGCACAGUCGUGAAUGGACUCGCAUAGAAGCCAAGGGCAAGACGCCCCCAGCAAGGUCGGGACACCGCAUGACAUACUACAAGAAUUACAUUAUUCUCUUUGGCGGAUUCCAAGACACCUCAAACCAGACCAAGUACCUGAGUGAUCUCUGGCUUUAUGAUACCCAAAACUUUGUGUGGCACAGUCCGGUGCUACCACCAGCACAGCUGAAGCCCGAUGCCAGAUCCUCUUUCACUUUUCUACCCCAUGAAAAUGGCGCUGUCCUCUACGGUGGCUACUCCAAGGUGAAGGCGACUGUAUCGGCAAACAAGUCGGCCAAGGGAGCAUCGCAAGGUCAGCGAAACGUGCUCAAGCCCAUGGUUCAUCAGGACUGUUUCUUCCUGCGCAUCACACAGCCUCCUGCCGAUGCGCCGGCAAACGCGCCUCCCACAGUCCGGUGGGAGCGCCGCAAGAAGCCAGCCAACAUUCCUACUCCUGCCAGAGUGGGAGCUACAAUGGCCUACCAUAAGGGCCGUGGCAUCUUGUUUGGCGGUGUUCACGACGUGGACCAGAGUGAGGAGGAUAUGGAGAGUGAAUUCUUCAACCAGUUGUUUGCUUGGAAUGUAGAGCGCAACCGCUUCUUCCCGCUUGCCCUCCGCAAGCCCAGGAAUCAGAAGAAGCAGGUGGAGCAGAGGGUUGGCAGAAGGGGCAGAGCCCAGGCAAACGAAGAGGAACUUCUAAAGCAAUUAGCAGCUCUGCAAGCUGGAGUGUCUCUCGAAGACGCUGAUGACAUGGAUAUUGGUCUCAAGAACGAAGAACCAGAAGAGCCCGAAAAUCCGGUGAGGGAGAUGCCGGUCUCUUUGGAAUUCCCACACCCCCGAUUCAACGCGCAGCUAGCAGUACAGGAUGAUAUGCUCUGGAUAUAUGGAGGCACAUUCGAAAAAGAUGACCGUGAGUUCACUUUCGAUGAUUUGUACGCGGUCAAUCUGGACAAGCUGGACGGAUGCAAGGAAGUCUUCAACCGAGAGGUCGAGAACUGGAUCGGCUCCGAUGAUGAAGACGAUGAGGACGAGGACGAAUAUGAAGAUGACGACGAAGAAGACGACGAAGAGGAAGAUGGAGAACCCGUGCCAGUUGAAGAGCAGAUCCGCUCGCCUAGCGCGAGGAAGAAGAAGGUGGAUGAAGCAUCGAAUGCAGAUACUGCCAGUACCGCUGCGACCGAAGAGGAGAGCGAGGCUGAUACAGCGGCUACAUCGGUUGACGAUGGCCUGCCUCACCCGAGACCCUUUGAAUCGCGUCGCGAGUUCUUCACACGAACAUCGAAUGAGUGGCAAGAAAUCUUGAUGACGAGCCUGAGGUGGAAGAACAUCCAGCCUGAAACUCUGACCAUCAAGGAGAUCAAGACCAAGGCAUUUGAAAUGAGUGAAGAGAAAUGGUGGGACUGCAGAGAGGAGAUUACGGCCUUGGAAGACGAACAAGAAGCCGCCGGCAUUGGCGAGGUGGUUUCCCUGGCCGACAAGGCAGAGACGGGUGGUGGUGCUGGAAGGAGACGCUGA